UAAAAUUUAAAAUAGAAAAAAAAUAAAGAACUGUCGUUGUACUGAGGAGAGAAAGAAAGGAAACCUUGCUUCAGGCGAACCUACGUUAAGAAAAGAGAAGCCCUAACGAGGUUGCUUGUCUGUCGCUCAUUCUACAUCGUAUCGUCUUGUCGUGCUUGCUUCCUUCUUUCCGAAGCUUGUUCCAACUUUGGAAUCGCUGGAAGCAAAAGCGUGCUCGACCGGUGGUGUAUUUGUCCGAUCUGCUUCAGAACAUCAGCUUUAGGCUAAGUUCAGCCAUUUGUACUGGUGUUCGAUUACCUCGAUCAAUGGGAGGCAGCUGUUUGGCUGCAAUUUUGAGAAGGAAUGUUGAAACCCUAGGCAAAACGGGAAAGUUGAGAAGGGGUUUCUUUUGGGCUUAUCUGGUGGAGAGAUGGUAGUUGGCAUUGAAUGUGGUUACAGUGUGUUCUUGCAUUUGUUCAGCUGACCGCACCUUUGUCUUCGUGUAAAUUUUAUCGAAAUGUUUGGCAUUGUCUUAUAUUUUUUAUUCCGUUUUCUAUGUACUAGAUUUAUGGGGUUCUCAAUACCUUCCAUGAGAAUGCGAGCGAUUUGGUUUGUUUAAUUUGAAGUUGGAAGAUUUGUAACAGCGUUGAAGGUGGAAAUGGUCAUUCUUUUGAUUUUAGCGGGAGCUCACCGUUUACUGCAAAUGCAAUGUAUCAGUGGAUUUGCUUUCGUGUUGUUUCUUGCAUCGUGGAAUGGCAUUUUUUUAUAACUGCAGGCUGCCAAUAAAAUGUGGAACAGUAAUGUGAAGUCUGUUCUGAACGCGGGAAUGCGGGCAUCGGUAUUUUCGGUUUAUUUCCCCCAUUAAUUUGGUUCAUGAAGAAAAUGGUAAUGUUUGGAUUUAUGUAAAGAAAGCAGGUUUUGGUGAACGAUGGCGCCUUCACCAGCUCUGAGAUGCUCACCAGGGUGGGAGCACAUGGCAGAAAAUGGUCACAAGAGUGGCCGAAGUUUUGAGAGUGUAUUGACUUUUAGAAACAAGGAUGAUGAUCUUGCACUGUUCAAUGAAAUUCAAAAUCAAGAGAAAGAUAACUUUCUUCUCCAUACGGCUGAUGAUUUUGAGGAAUCUAUUUCAAAGUUGAGGCAUUUCUCAGACUUCAAACUUGGCAUCAACAUUCCAACUAGAGGCGAGAGCAGUAAUUUGCUUAAUCAGGAAGGCGACAAAAAUGACUAUGAUUGGCUAUUAACCCCUCCUGAUACACCCCUUUUUCCAUCAUUGGAUGAUGAGUAUUCACAACCAAUUAAUCUUGUAUCUAGAGGUAGGUCAAGAAGCCAAUCGAUUACUUCAAGAUCAUUGACUGAUAAGAGUAAUCAGACAAGUCGAACUAGUUCUAGUCCAAACAGACUAAGUCCAUCUCCUCGAUCAAGUGGCAAAUUAGCCCAAAUGAGAUGGAGGUCAUCUUCAGUCCCACGAUCUGGUGCAUCUCCUGCCUUUAGGUCUACAACACCUACCCGAAGGUCAUCUACUCCAAAUGAACAAUCCACACAUACUCCAAGGUCCUCAAUUCCUACAUUACAAAGGCCUAGCACUGUUUUUAGUAUUCAUUCAUCAAACUAUGUUGGAAGAGGACCCUCUAUAGUAAAUGCAAGUCGGGGGAAUUGUUCUUCACCAAAAUUACCUGGGUGGAAAAUGACCCUCCCUAGUUUCACCUUAGAGACACCUCCAAACCUAUGCACUUCUUUAUCAGAUCUAUCAGUGACGUAUACAAAAGGUUCUUCUCCAACAUCUGGAAAUGCAAGGGAAUCAUCAAAGAAGCUUGGGAGGAAAUCAAUGUCACCAACUAGUUCAAGAAGCACUAGCUCGUCACAUGGUCAAGAAAGAAACUGUUUCAGCUCUUAUAGUAAGUGUUCUAUGGUGUCCUCUGGUGAUGAUGAUGAUGAAUCUCUGCACUUCAUAAGAGUUGGAAUCUCUAGAAGUACUCCUGCUAAAAAAGAUGGAGCUCUGGAAAGCAACAAAAUCAUGUCAUACUCUAGAAAACCAUCCGGAUAUUCACCAACAAAUUCCAUACCCAAAAGGUCUUUUGAUUCGGUCCUUAGAUUAAUGGCCCAGCACAAAACACCUCAUAAUAUGUUCAGGCCUCUUUUGUCAAGUGCCCCUGCAACCACUGUCCGGCCCAUUUUCUCAAGGAACUCUUCACUUACCACUAGUAGUAAUGCAAGCUCAGAACAGGGUCUUUUAAGUGUUGCACUUGAUGUGGAAGGAAGUGAGCUUGAACCAACGGAACUACAUGCUGGAUGGGAAAGGACUGAAGACUCUGAAACCCAAGAGGAAAUAUUUCUGUUUGAUAAGGUGGAUGAGAUUAUUGAAGAUACAAAUCAUGCUGUACUUUCUAGAAGGCCUCCGAGACGGGAUGAGAUGUUUGAUGAAAUUUUGUCAAAGAAAUUUGAUUCGGAAGAUAUCCACAAACUGGUGUUUCAAGAUGUUGAAACAAGUAACACCAAUCUAGACUCAACACAUUUUAUUGACAACCAUUGUGAUAAGGAUGGCCAUAUAAUGUCCGCUAUUUGCUCCAAAUGUAGUAAAGAAUUCAAGGUUUUAGAUUUGGAUGAAUUAGUAAAUUUAUGCCAAGAAUGUGCUGAAGAUGAUAGGCUUUGUACAACUGGAAGAGCUCUAACCUGUGUGCCGUUGACUCAAAAUGAUACUUUUCUGUUGGAUUUGGCAGUAGACACAGCUGGCAAAGGACCACUCAACUGUAAAGUUCCUGAAUUUCAUCACGCGGGUGAACUAAUGGGGACUGAUUGCUUGCCAAACAUCUGUUCUAUACAGUUGUUGAAUCAAAGGGAGUCUGAGCUUUCCAAUCAGCAUUUUGACAGAAAAAGGGAUACAAAUGUUCCACCGGAUGUCAGCAUUAAUGCACCACAACUGUCAAACCAGGCUGUUAAUCCCAGUUUAAAAGUUGAUAUUCCUGAAGGCACAGGUAUUUCAGUGCUUCUAUUGCAUGGAUCUGGCAGUAGUAAGUGGCCAAUUUUACAAGGAAAGACUGUGUCUGCUACAAAUGUUCUUUGUUUUGAGCCUUCUUAUUCUAGAGAUAAUAUUAAUUACUUUCAAAGAAGCAUUGGGCGAGACAUUGCUUCAGCAUCUUCUGCGGUUGCUCUGGGGUCAUCCAAGCAGACAGAGAAUUCCAUUCACCACCAGUUAAGUAGGGAAGGAGGGGCAGACAACAUGAGAAAUGAUACUGAUGGCAAUUCUCAUAGUAAGAGCUUACCUGUCGAUUUUCCAAUGAAUUGCUGUCAAUCUGGGCACCUCAAAAGUGAGAGUGAGCAAACAUUAAGUAGUUCUACAGAAUGUUUAGGAUACGAAUCAUUGAGAGAAAUAAUACUUGUUACUGAAGAACAUGAGGACUCUUUUGAUCAAUCAAAUUUUAAUGACAUGCCUUCUUCAUCUACAAGGCCAGUCAUUUUUGAGAAUUUCAUAUCCAAACAUACCGAUUGUUGCAUGACAUUAACCUCCUAUGAUUCACAAAAUUUGAACGAUCUAGGAAAUAGUGAUUUACCUUGCUCUUCAGCAGCAGCACAAGUAAUGUGUAAUGAAGAUGGCACUUCAUCCAUUCAUGCUGAUGAAUACCCUCAAAACAAUGGAAGGAAUCUCAGAAAUAUAGGAGGAACUGAUAUUCGUGGUUGCUCUGUGACGGAGGAAGAUUAUACUUCUCAAAAUGGUAACUUGGAUGCAGCUACUAAAAGAUUCUUCAUUCUGACUACUGAAUUACCACAUGUUUCCAGUGAGCUUGAGGACUACCAUACCGAGUGUAUUCCCUCCCAUAAUCCAGCAUAUACAGAACAGUCCAAUGGACAUUCUGUCUCCCAAAUAUCAGAGACUGAAAAAUCCUUUUCUACCUCAGAACCAUGCAAAGCUUUCCACGAACAUGGAAACCAUGAAUAUUCAGGUAUAAUAAUUGAACGGCCAAGAGGACAUAUGUCAAGAAGCUUGACAUUGGAAGAAGCAACGGACACCAUACUGUUCUGCAGUUCUAUUAUUCAUGACCUGGCCUACCAAGCUGCCACAAUUGGGAUAGAAAAGGAAUUGAACUUGCUACUUGAGGCUCAGGCUUCUGAUCCUUACUUGACAAACCCAGCAAAGCCCAUCACUGGACUAAGAGAACCUUGGAAAGUAACUUAUAACCAAACGCGAAGAUCUCAUAAGUUCAAACGAAAGAGAAUGGAAUCUCAGACCAAGUAUCCUCAUAAAGAAGCUGAGAAUGAUGUGAAUGCUCAUGAACUCUCUACUUCAAGUAUUGAAACGCCUGGUAAGGCUGACACUGGUAGGCCUCCUAAAUUAGAAUCCAAGUGCAAUUGCACUGUGAUGUAGAAGUAUUUCGGAGAAAUCUUCAUGAUAUAUAUAUACUCCAGCGAUUGGAACAGUGUUGUCCUUGUUCGUUUCUUUGAUUUUGAAACAUGGUCAGCACAUGCGCCAGCAUUCCCAAUUUGUUUUGUAAGAAAGCUACUCCCAAUCUUUGUAGUAGUGCUUGUAAAAUUAGAAAGGAGAAACCAAGAAGCUAUAUGAUGUGGCUCCUGCUUUGGUUUCUCCCCCCACCAUUUUUUUUUGUUGAUGGUUUCCUCUUGCUGCUUUGUAGUAAGUUGUGCUACUUGGCUUCAGUGGAGGAAAAAAAAAAAAAGGCCGCGACUUGAGCCCUUAUUUUGUAAAUGACCUUUAUUAUUUGUUCCGAGCCUAUGCUAAAAUUAUUAUUUGAAUGAUCUUGGUGAUUAAGGUCCCUUUUGAUAACUGGCAUUUAUUUACAUAAAGUGGUUUUCUUUCA